AGGCCCACUCCCCGGCCGAGCUGGCGGGGCUGAAUGAGCCGGUGCAUUUCAAAGGCGGAGCACUGAGAUUUUCCGCGCCACGCUUCCCUCCCCCGGCGUUGCCAGCUGGGCCCCCUGCCCCAGCCUCGCCGGCGCCUCCGCCCAGUCCGCUCCCCGCCUCACCGAAGCGCGGAUCGCGCCGCCUGGGGCCCGGGAAGGGGCCACUGCGCAGGGACGCGGCUCGGCGGGUGCGCCCUGGGGGCAUGUCGGCGCACUACUGCCGGGGCUGCCGUGGUCCCGGCGAGAUGGCGAGUAACCCAUGUGCCAGGUAGCGUUCUAUGCCAACCUUGAAUGCCAACAGGAAGUCACUGGACAGCAAACUCUUCCAAGAUCAUAACUUGGCUGUUGGAGCAACCUGGAAAAGAAGAAAAAAGAAAAACAAUGGCAAAAGUAAAUAGAGCUCGGUCUACCUCCCCUCCAGAUGGAGGCUGGGGCUGGAUGAUUGUGGCUGGCUGUUUCCUUGUUACCAUCUGCACCCGGGCAGUCACAAGAUGUAUCUCAAUUUUUUUUGUGGAGUUCCAGACAUACUUCACUCAGGAUUAUGCACAAACGGCAUGGAUCCAUUCCAUUGUAGAUUGUGUAACCAUGCUCUGUGCUCCACUUGGGAGUGUUGUCAGUAACCAUUUAUCCUGUCAAGUGGGAAUCAUGCUGGGUGGCUUGCUUGCAUCUACCGGACUCAUCCUGAGCUCAUUUGCCACAAGUCUGAAGCAUCUCUACCUCACUCUGGGAGUUCUUACAGGUCUGGGAUUUGCACUUUGUUACUCUCCAGCUAUUGCCAUGGUUGGCAAGUACUUCAGCAGACGGAAAGCCCUUGCUUAUGGUAUUGCCAUGUCAGGAAGUGGCAUUGGCACCUUCAUCCUGGCUCCUGUGGUUCAGCUCCUUAUUGAACAGUUUUCCUGGCGGGGAGCCUUACUCAUUCUUGGGGGCUUUGUCUUGAAUCUCUGUGUUUGUGGUGCCUUGAUGAGGCCAAUUACUCUUAAAGAGGAUCACACAACUCCAGAGCAGAACCAUGUCUGUAGAACUCAGAAAGAAGACUUUAAGCGGGUGUCUCCCUAUUCAUCUUUGACCAAAGAAUGGGCACAGACUUGCCUCUGUUGCUGUUUGCAGCAAGAGUACAGUUUUUUACUGAUGUCAGACUUUGCUGUGUUAGCCAUCUCCGUUCUGUUUAUGGCUUAUGGCUGCAGCCCUCUCUUUGUGUACUUGGUGCCUUAUGCUUUGAGUGUUGGAGUGAGUCAUCAGCAAGCUGCUUUUCUUAUGUCCAUACUUGGAGUGAUUGACAUUAUUGGCAAUAUUACAUUUGGAUGGCUGACCGACAGAAGGUGUCUGAAGAAUUACCAGUAUGUUUGCUACCUCUUUGCUGUGGGAAUGGAUGGGCUCUGCUAUCUCUGCCUCCCAAUGCUUCAAAGUCUCCCUCUGCUCGUGCCUUUCUCUUGUACCUUUGGCUACUUUGAUGGUGCCUACGUGACUUUGAUCCCAGUAGUGACCACAGAGAUAGUGGGGACCACCUCUUUGUCAUCAGCGCUUGGUGUGGUAUACUUCCUUCACGCAGUGCCAUACUUGGUGAGCCCACCCAUCGCAGGAUGGCUGGUAGAUACCACCGGCAGCUACACUGCAGCAUUCCUCCUCUGUGGAUUUUCAAUGAUAUUUAGUUCUGUGUUGCUUGGCUUUGGUAGACUUGUAAAGAGAAUGAGAAAAACCCAGCUGCAGUUCAUUGCCAAAGAAUCCGAUCGCAAGCUGCAGCUAUGGACCAAUGGAUCAGUGGCUUAUUCUGUGGAGAGAGAAUUAGAUCAGAAACAUGCAGAGCCUGUGGCUGCAGCAGUGCCUGGCUACAGCCUCACAUGACCAAUGGCCUUGAGCCCCAGAAUCUUCAGAUUUGAGGGAGGUGUGGAGCCAGCAGAUUCUUCGUGUUUCUGAAACUUUUUAUUUCGGCAGAAGUAUUGCCUUCCAAGGAAACUAUUAUUAUUGUUUUGUUAACAUAUUAAUAUUUAUAAGGGAAAAUAGCACAUAAUAAAGAAAGCUGGACUAGCCCAGAGGCUUCUCAUUUGGGAUUUGUACUCAUAACUGAACUCAUAUCUUUUGGUCAAUGGGCAUAGCUCUAUGAGAAAUGUAAGGACACAGCUGAUAUAAUUAGCUGUAAUUAGGGAUAAUUUCGAUGCAUAACCAAAGCAGAUGACACUGGGCAGCAGCUUUGUCCCAGUCUCAGCCCCUUCAUGUUCCCUCCUCAGAAAGAAAAUGGAAACAUUAACAUGUAGCUUUGCUUACCUUGUUCUGGUUAGAGAAGGGAGGUCAGCUUGGGUGUGGUGGUGAAGAGUGAAGAUGCCAUCCAUACCUUUUUCAUGGUGGAGUUUCUCAUUAGGGUUUUACCUGGGGUUGUUAAAAGAAUACUUGAGAUUCUUCAAAAGGUGGUGAUGAAUAUAGAAAGAAACUCUUAUUUUUUUCUCUCUUAAUCUUGCAGCCAGCCCUUGCCUCUGCCCAAGGGUAGACACCACUAUGAGAAUCCAAAUAAUCAUGGAAUGCCGUGGUUGGAAUAGAUCUCAAAGGGUGGCUGGUAAGAUUUAUUUGAAAUUGUCCACUGGAAACUGAAAGCUCUUUUCCUAAGACCGGGUUCCAGGCUCUCACCUUUGUUACCAUCACAUAUAAUACUUACUCUAAAUUUAGCAGAACACACUUAGUCACAAGGGCAACCUCUCAAUCUUACCUGAAAUGUUAACACCAAAACUUCUCGUUUUUUACCUUCAGAGAAAAAGCUCUUAUUUAAACUGCAGAUGCAUUCCUGUUAGGAUGAAAAAAUGUUGGCAGUAUUCCAGUUGGGCAGGAACUGAAUUCUUGAAUCAGCAGGUCUCUGGUGAGAGUUUUCUUUGCAGAUCAGACAUUUAGUUUUAUCAUUACCCAAAAGAGGAUAGGAGGGGGUCAGUUAUCUGAACAAAUAUUAUGCUAGAGAUAUUCUAAAGGUGAGAUUCCUUUCUCCUUGUGUUAAUUCUUGUUCCACUGUCCACUGCUCUUCAUCUCUUUAUGGAUAAUAAUUAGAAAUCUGCUCAUUGGAUUAGAAGUUGAUUCAUUCUCAAAUACUCCACUUUUCUAUGGUUUGGGAUAAUUUCUGAGCCUUCAGAUUGAAGAGGGAAGGCAUGGAGGGAAGAAAAAGUCCAGAUCCCCCAGCUUGUCUCCAACCAUUUUAAGUCCAAAGGAUUAUAAUCCUGAAUCUCACAUCAUGUCACACCUGUAAAUAGGGGCAAAUUAUGCAAUCAAUUUUAAUUAUCAGGAGUUUAAAAUCCAAAUGUUAAGAAACUGUUUUGACCCUGAAGGCUAUUUAAUCCACUGUCCCUUACAAGGCUCACAAGUGCUGGGGGGGGAAAAAAAAACAGCAGUGAGGAGGAUCCUGGCUACUAUGUAUGCUCAGCAAGAGAGUUUGCCUAUACCUUGAUUAUUUCAUAAAAUCACAUGUUAAUACAUUGCUUUCAGAAUGAAAUACUGACUUGAUUUGAUAGGAGAAAAUGGUAAUAUUUCAUGUUGUUUUCCAAAGAGAAAUGUAAAUGUUAUCUGUUAUCUCCUUACAUAGUUUAAGAAUUUAGUUUUGAAGCCCACACUGGACUGAAAAGAAUUUACUUUUCAUUGACUUUGUUAUUCGUAAUUUUAAAAAUAUUUGGAACUGGGCAUGGUGGCUUACGCCUGUAAUCCCAGCACUUUG